AUGUCCGGUGAAACUGAAACUAUUGAAAUUGUCGCUCAAGAGACUCCAAUUGUAGAAAAACCUGCCCUUGACCCAGAAACUACUGUUUUCAUUGGUAACGUUGCUUUAGAUGCAACUGUCGAAGAUUUAGAAAAAUUGUUCAAGGACGAUUACGAAUCUGUUGAAGUCGACAUUCCAGAAAAAGAACAUAAGGGUGCCCACGUUCCUCUAAGUAAGCAUGCUUUCGUUAAAUUCCCUGUAACUAUUGAUUUUGAUGAUAUUAAGACUAAGUUCGAUUUAGCUGUCAUCAACGACAGAGCUAUUCAUAUUAAGAGAGUGAGGUCCCCAGAUGAACUUCGCGGUGCUAACAGAGGUAGAUUUGGUAGAGGUUCCUUCCGUGGUAGAGGCAGAGGUAGAGGUUCCUUCCGUGGUAGAGGUAGAGGUGGUUUCAGUAGAGGUCCAAAGAUUCCAUUAUCUGAAAUGGAAAGAUCUACUGAUACUAUCUAUAUUAACAAUGUUCCAUUUGAAACCACUAAGACCGAAUUGGCUGAAUUCUUUGGUACUAAUGAAGAUUCUGUUGUCUUGCCAAUGAGAAGACUAAGAGAUGAAGUUACUAGAAGAUCUGUUCCAUCUGAUAAAUAUAACAGAGGUAUGGCUUUCAUUAAGUUUGAUAACUUAAGUGGUAGUAUUGCUGACAAAGCCGGAGAAUUCGAUGGUAAGUCUCUAGGUGACAGAACUUUAGUUGUUGAUGUCGCUGUUGUAAAGCCAGCUCUACCAGAACAAGCUGAAGAUGAAGAAACAGCCGUUGAUUCUGAAAACAAAGAAUCUGCCUAA